AUGCUGAAAAAGUUUAAGGCUUUUCUUAACAAAGAAAACUUCGACAGUUCAAAUGGAUUUGUGGACCCGUAUAAAUAUCAUUUUACAUGUUAUUACAUAUUAAAAUAUUUUCAAGUUGUAGAUAAUGAACCUAUUCCAAAAUGGACAUAUUUUUUCCUAACAUUUAUGGCUAUAUGUGUUAUUAUCGCCCUAGGCUUAUUGAGCUUAACUGUUUACCAUGGCAUCGAUACAAAUGAUUUACAAAUUAUAACUGAAGGAGGUUGUUACUUUAUUGUUAUAUUUUAUGAAAUGUUGAUGCUUUUAUGCACAAUAAUAAACUUACAGCAAUACCACGUUUUGCUACGAACUUUGAGAGCUGAUUUUAAAUACGUUUGCUCAGAAGGGGUAAAAUACAGGGACAGGUUUUUUGAAAAUCAACUAAAUACAUGGAAAUUUUCCAUUUUUUCCGUAAUUUUUACAAGCUCCAUUGGUGGAGGUGUGGCGUUAUUUACAAGUCUUUGCUUAUUGUGGCACGUAGCAACUCACGAACCAGGAGAUGGUUCAAAAAGACCGCUUUUUUUUCCAUUUUGGUAUUUCGAAACGGAUUUUAGUGCAUCACCACUCUAUGAAAUAUCAUUUAUUUAUUCCAACUUUUGUGCAUUAGCUUAUGCCUAUAGUUAUAUAUUUAUGCUUCAAACGCAAGUAUUGUGGAUUGGUGAAAUAAUGGCAAAGGCAGAUCUAAUAAUUUGGUAUAUCCAAGAUCUGAUGGAGGGGCUUGACUUACCGAAAAGUCAACAAGAGGCUGAUAGAUUAAUAUCAGUAAUAAAAUCAAGGAUGAGAGAAAUAGUACGUGAGCAUCAUUCAAUGUACAAACUUCUGCAAAGCUAUACCACAGUUUAUAAAAAAUUACUUAUGUUUGAACAAAAACUUUCCGGUCCUGUGAUCUGUCUCACCGCCUACUGCACCGCUGAGCAACUAAAAGUAGGAGAAGUCAACGGAAUAUUAAUGUUACUUUGUGGUGGAGCUAUAAUACAAGUAUUUAUUCCAACUUACCUGUGCACUAUUCUUGGCAUAAAGGUAAGAUCAAUUGGCGAUGCUUGUCUGGAUAUUCCUUUUUGGAACAUUGGCCGAGUUAUACGACCCUACAUGGUUUUAAUAAUGCAAAAAUCAUUACGACCACUUCAACUCAGUGCCCCUGGUUUCGAAGAAGUAUCUGUUCAGACAUUUUCCAAAACAAUGGCAUCAGCUUAUUCUUUUUUCAACAUGUUGCGACAGACAGACCUUUAA